AGCUAAGAUAGCAAAGAUUAAGCUUUACUUAUCACCAAGCUCUGCGAAAUCAAGCUGAGCAACUUCAUCUUCACAUCUCAUAUAUCGCGCUUCAUAUACCACAUUUCACAACAAACACCCAAUCCUCCAAUAUAUACAACAAUCACACUGGAUCUCCCAUCCAUGGAAGUGCCAAACCCCAACGUCGUACCCAUCAUGACUUCAGCAGGUAUCAGCGCCGGUAAGUUAAUUAAUUGAUUCUGUCCCGCACCAACUUCUCCUCAACAAUAAACAAUAAACAGUAAAAAGUGAAGGUAACUAUAUAAGUACUAACACAACCAACUCCACAGAUGAAAUCGCCCUCUACGACCGACAAAUCCGACUAUGGGGAGUGCAAGCCCAAGAAAAAAUCCGCAAUGCCAAUAUCCUCCUCAUAACCAUGAAAGCUCUCUCGAACGAAAUAGCCAAAAAUCUCGUUUUGGCUGGAAUCCACUCCCUGACCAUUGUCGACCAUGUUAUCGUCACCGAAGCCGAUUUAGGCGCUCAAUUCUUCAUUUCCGAAUCUGAUAUCGGUAUGAAUCGUGCUGAGGCCGCUGCUCCACAGAUCAGAAAGUUGAAUCCGAGAGUUAAUGUUAUUGUGGAUAUGGAUGAUAUUAGGACUAAGGGACCGCAAUAUUUUGGCGGGUUUGAUGUUGUGAUUGCGGCCGAUUUGGACCCCGAGAGUUUGAAUAUCAUAAACACGGCCACGAGACUUAACCAUAAACCUUUUUAUGCGGCGGGGGUUCAUGGGCUUUACGGUUUCAUUUUUUCGGAUUUGAUUCAACAUGAUUAUGUGGUGGAGAGAGAAAGAAGCAAUAGAGCUACACUUUUGCAACCAGAAACGCGCACUAGAAGUGUCAUUGAUGUCAAGACGAAGAAAGAGAACGGAAAAUCCAUGGAGGUUGUCACUAAAAGAGAGUUCUAUUCGACUUGGUUUUUGGCUAGUGAUGCUGCGACUCUACCCGCUGAAUAUCUUAAAAGCAGACGUCGGUUAAAGGCAGUUACUCCAAUUUUAUCAUGUUUACGAGCUUUGUGGGAGUUUGUUCAGCUUCAAAAUGGUCGUUUGCCUUCAACCAAAGAAGAUUUACAACUGUUCACCGUCCUGGCGCAUAAAAAGCAUACAGCUCUAGGCCUCCCUGUUGAAACUUUACGUUCAGAAGUACUCCGAAGUUUCCUUCAAAAUCUAGGCAGUGAAAUAGCCCCUGUCACUGCAGUUCUUGGCGGUCAACUUGCACAAGAUGUUAUCAAUAUUCUUGGUCAUCGCCAACAACCAAUUCAAAAUAUGGUAUUGUUCGAUGGAGAUACAAUGGAAGCACCAAUGUACGCUCUACAUCCAGAGGGUACUCUUGGUGAAGAAUUGUUGAUAUCGGGCAGAGAUCCUCUCAUGAAGGGUCCUAUAGUGGCGCAACAGCCGUCAUUUCCACUAGACGUAAUCGAGCUCUAGGUUUUUGGAAAAUGAGAAAAAUCGUUGGAUUUGGGAUCGGUGGAAAUGGCGUUAUAUCGCAGGAUUUAAGGACGGGUGUACAACUAGAUCAUGAUAUCUCAUAUAGUAUGGCAGAUAUCCAAGUAAGCUUAAUAAAUAGCCGCAUUUCGCUGAUCGAACUGGACGGGGAAAUAUCUCUUCAGAAAUCUCA